UCCACGACCGCCAUGUGACCCUCUUGUCAUGCCGCGUGUGUGUGUGUCAGUGUGUGUCGGGGUGUGUCAGUGCUCGGAUGAAUAGGACGAAGGGCAAUUCUGAGGAAUAGGGGGAAAAGAGAGAAAAGUUAAGGAACUUCUACAGACUGGAAAAUAACUUUGUCGCUCCAUUUCACCAGGGAUCCGGAGCCUCUCGACCCCAGCAGGCGGGAUGGGCUGUCUGAAGUCCACGCUGAGCGGCGGCCUGGCGAGCGGUGUGGAGAGCAAAAUCAGACAGCAGGCCGAAAAGCCGGAGCCGGCACACUACGUCAGAGACCCCACCUUCAAAACCAACACAAGUAACUCCCUGCUACCAGGUCAAGUGUUCCAGCAAAUGGAAGAGAAAGAAGCAACUUUCAAAGUGGUGAUUGCUCUUUAUCCUUACGAGGCGUUGCAUAGAGAAGAUUUAGGAUUCAAGAAAGGAGAGAAGAUGAAAAUCCUGGAAGAACAUGGCGAUUGGUGGAAAGCAAAGUCUCUAACGUCCAACAAAGAAGGAUUCAUCCCAUCCAAUUACGUUGCCCAAGUCGAUACCAUGGAAACGGAAGAGUGGUUUUUCAAAGACAUCACAAGGAAGGAUGCGGAGAGGCAGCUGUUGGCUCCCGCAAACAAACCAGGCGCUUACCUUAUCAGGGAAAGCGAAACAUCCAAAGGCAACUUCUCCUUGUCAAUCAGAGAUGUCGAUGCCCAGGGCGUGGAUUCGGUGAAACAUUAUAAAAUCAGGAAGUUGGACAACGGCGGCUUCUAUGUCUCUCCCAAAAUUUCCUUCCCGGACAUCACCAGCAUGAUCAAGCAUUACCACACCAGGUCAGAUGGUCUGUGCCGCAAACUGGACCGUCCGUGUGCGAAACCCAAAGCCCAGCGGCCGUGGGACAAGGACGCCUGGGAGAUUUCCAAAGACUCGAUAAAGUUUGUGAAGAAACUGGGAGCUGGGCAGUUUGGAGAGGUGUGGAUGGCUUACUACAACAACGCAACCAAAGUGGCCGUGAAGACCUUGAAGCCUGGCACCAUGACCGUCGAAGCGUUCAUGGAAGAAGCCAACGUGAUGAAGACUCUGCAGCACGACAGACUGGUGCGGCUCUACGCCGUCGUCACCAAGACCGAGCCCAUCUACAUCAUCACUGAAUUCAUGGCAAACGGAAGUCUCCUGGACUUUUUAAAGAGCGAUGCAGGAAGCAGACUGAAACUACCAAAGCUCAUAGAUUUCUCAGCGCAGAUUGCAGAGGGCAUGGCUUACAUAGAGAGGAAGAAUUACAUUCACAGAGACCUGAGGGCUGCUAACGUGCUCGUGUCCGAGAGCCUGCUUUGCAAAAUAGCCGACUUUGGUUUGGCGAGGGUCAUAGAGGACAACGAGUACUCCGCACGGGAAGGUGCCAAAUUUCCCAUCAAGUGGACCGCUCCAGAGGCCAUCAACUACGGCACCUUCACCAUCAAAUCAGACAUGUGGUCUUUCGGAGUGCUUCUCUAUGAGAUUAUCACAUAUGGAAAAAUCCCAUAUCCAGGGAUGACGAAGGGAGAGGUGAUGUCCUCCAUACAACGCGGCUACAGGAUGUCCCAGCCAGAAAACUGUCCGCCUGAGCUGUACGAGAUUAUGAUGACCUGCUGGAAGGACAAGCCCGAAGACAGACCCACCUUUGACUACAUACAGAGCGUCCUGGACGACUACUACACCGCGACAGAGGGACAGUACCAAGAUCAGCCGUAGCGUCGCCGAGCCGACAGGACAUUCAAGACAAUUAACAUCCACUCCACUGGUUGUGUGUAUUUUUUCAGACUUCUUUGCAGUUUUAUUGUAUAUAUCCUACAUGUUGAUGCCCACGGAAUUGUGAAGAUUCGAUGUAGUUUCACAUUAAUCUCAAUGAAAGACGUUAUCUUUCAGGAUAUUCUGAACAAUAUGGAUUAAUUUUGUCUUUGUUUUGUUUUUAUAAAUGGAUGUGAGCUGUAUUUAAAUGAGAUUGUAAUGUCAUUUACAUUACAAUCUCAUUGUAUAUUUCUCAAAUAUAUUUGAGAAAUAUAUUUGUAUAUUUCUCAAAUAUAUUUGAGAAAUAUAUUUGUAUAUUUCUCAAAUAUACAUUUCUCAAAGUAUAUUUGAGAAAUGUGGUCGAAAUGUAAACGUUUUAAAUGUGUAAUUUGGACUGACUAUAUGCAGUUGUAAUAACGUUUAUUAUAUUAAACGUCAUGUUGAGUAUCGAAUGACUGUACAUUUUGUAUUAAAUUAAAAAAAAUACACGUAUGCGGAUGUCAUUUUGUUUAAGUUUCAGUUUUAGAAAUUUGUCUGAUUUAAAAAAUUGGACCUCCAUUUGUAAUGUACUCGUGGUUUGCUGGGACACCAGUGAACACAAUAUCUCAGGAUUGUCUGUAUCACUCUCCCAAGUCGUUGUUAUUCGGGUUCUGGUUGAAAUGUUUCACUGAGAAAUGAGUCACCUCUUUAAGAAACGGAUGAAUAGGGUUUUCUUGGUAAUUCCUUUUUUAAACAUAACAUGAAGUGCUUGUAUGACUCACGUAAACAGCAGAAUUCAAUAGCUUUCUUAAUGAAGAAAGAUAAAUACCAUAAUUAAAUUCAGGGCGUCAAAAUACAUAAGACUGAAUAUUGAAAGGCUUUGUGCCAAUUUAUUUUAAAUGAAGAUAUGUAAUGAAUUU